AAUCUAUUUACUGUUUUACUGUGGUAAGUAAAAAACUAAAUAUAAUAUAAACCAGUGUCAUUGUUUGACAUAAAUCAAUCAAGCAGUUCUAUAUAAACAAAUAUAUUAAUAAUAUUUUACAUAAAAAGAUACCUAUUGUACAUAGAUUGUAGAUUUAAAUUGCAAAAUGACCGACCCGACGCCGAGGAACGUGCGGUCGGUGAAGAGCAGGCUGGACACGAUCAACCAGACGGAGGAGUACGCACUGAAGAGGAUGUCGACGAUGAACAAAGUGCAGUCGCACUUCCUGGUACCCUCGGAGAAGCUGGACAAGGUGACUCGGCGGGUGAUCGCACCCUACGCGCAGAUAGAACGCAAGGGCGUCAAGGAGGAAGAGGCGCGCGACUCCUACCUCGACAUCUCUCGCUUCCACGUCUUCCUCGAGGACUCCGUCGACCUGCAGGCGCUGCUUUGCGACACCGCCGCCGUUCUGAAGACCAUCACCGACAGCUCCGGCGUAUUUGUGUACAUCGUGGACAAGCUCAAGAAUGAGAUCGUUCUAAUGACGAGGAACAUAAAGAAUAAGGAGCGGCACGAGGUCAACAUACCCAUCGAGGAGGGCAAGGUCGCGGCGGCGCACGUGGCUGCUACCAAGCGCCACCUGGUAUUGGCCGAUGUGCAGCGCGACCGUCGCUUCGCGCAAGGUCUGCGCUGGGUGGACGCCAAGACGGCGCUGUGCGUGCCCGUGCUCAAGCCCGACGGCGACUGCUACGCCGUGCUAGAGCUAUACAGGACCGUCGCAGAACCCUACGAUGACCGCGCGGUGUACAGCUGCGCCAGCGUGGCAUGGUGGGCAGGCGCGGCGGCGCACCAGGCGGGUGCACGCGCCACGCUGCAGCGCGCCGCACACCUCGACCUCGAGCUGCGCGCGCUGCUACACGACUACUUCUGCGAGCGCGCCGCCCUCGACACCAUGCUCACCGACAUGCUCGCGAUCGUGAAGUCGUUCAUCGGCGCGAUGCGCAGCAGCUUCUUCAUCGUGGACCGGCAGCACAUGGAGCAGCAGCUGGUGGCCGACGUGUGGGAGGACGGCUGGCAGUCGGAGCGCACCGCGCUGCCCAAGAAGAAGGCCAAGGUCAAUUUAAGCAUGGAGCAAAGCCCGGCGGGGUUGGUGGCGCGCACCGGGACGCCGCUCAACCUGCCUGACGCCUUCCGCGACCCGCGCUUCUUGCGCGACGUCGACCCUACCACGGGCAUGGUGGUGCGCUCCUCGCUCACCUACCCCAUCAAGGACAAGAAGGGUGUUAUAGGCGUGGUCCAGCUUGCCAACAAGAGCUCAGGGCGAGCGUUCGACGCGGAGGACGAGCAGAUCUUCCAGGUGUUCGUGGACCACUGCGCGCUCAUCGUGCACUUCUACCACAUGCAGCAGCGCAAGCUCUACCACGAGAAUCUAAACCGCGUGUACUCGGAGCUGCUUGGGCUGCACCUGCGGCCCUGCGGACACGACCUCGAGGAGUUGGAGACCAACAGCGCCAUCGUGCCGCCAUUUAACUUUAAAUCCUUCAACUACCACAUCAGCGAGGGCAGCCGCGAGGAGAUGCCGUCGCUGGUCUGCCUCAUGUACUCCGAGACGUUCGCCGCACACAAGCUAGAACGCCGGCGACUGGCGGACUUCGUGCUCACCGUGCUGACCUGCUACCGCCCCAACCCCUACCACAACGCCGAGCACGCCUUCUGCUUCACCCACACCAUGUAUCUCAUCCUGCGCGAGAACCCCGGCUACUUCAGCUUCGUCGAGACGGCGGCGCUGAUGCUGGCGGGGUUGUGCCACGACUUAGACCACCCCGGCUACAACAACAAUUUCCUCAAGCUGUGCAAGCACCCGCUCGCCCACAUGUACACCAGUUCCCAGCUCGAGCACCAUCACUACUUCCUCGCCAGCAAGAUUAUUGAGGACAAGAAGCUGCUGAGCAAGCUGGAGGCGAGCGAGCGCGAGGCCGUGCUGGAGGAGAUGCGCUACGACAUUCUGUGCACCGACCUCGCCGUGUACUUCGCCCUGCGCGCGCAGCUCGCGCCGCUCGUGGCCGACCGCGCCUUCAACUGGGCCGACACUGCGCACCGCCGUCUGCUCAAGGGUAUUCUGAUGACGACGAGCGACCUGUCAGGCUGCUGCAAGCCGUUCGGCGUGGCCAAGGCGAUCACCGAGUCCAUUUACGAGGAGUUCUACAAUCAGGGCGACCGCGAGCGCGCCAUGGGGUACACGCCGCUGAGCAUGAUGGACCGCAAGCGGCGCGUCAACCAGCCCGCGGAGCAGAUCCAGUUCCUGUCGGUGGUGGUGCUGCCCUGCCUCAUGCUGCUCACCAACAUCUUCCCCAACACCAGCCCGCUCAUGGACAACUGCAGGGAGACGCAGGAGGGCUGGCACGAGGAGAUAGAGAUGCGCGGCAUGAGGCUGUGGCGGCAGGACGACUCCACGCCGCCCAGCAGGAGUCGCGUCUUACUCAAGGAGGAAAACAACUAGCCCAUCUCAAAUAUUAUGGAACCAUUAAAUGUUGACAACACACUAUUCAUAUUUCAUUUUAGCUGCAUGUGUACAUA